UAAGAAAGGCUUUUGAAUAUUGAACUGCCGUUAUUAUCAAGUCGUUUGAAAAUAUUUGAGAUGAUUUAGAUAUGGAAAGUAUAAAAGAUUCGUGAGUGCAAAUUUGACCCAAACGGGAAGCUGAUCUGAGGAAACAAUGCACAGGAAACUUCUUACAAAAUAGUUGCACUUCUCCGUUCUGGUGAGACAGUGAGCCUGAAACUAGCAGCCUGACUGAUUGCUGAGUAAAUCCAAGGCACAAGUAAUAAUCCUGCAGGAGCUCGUAUCAUGGACUCAACCAGGAGAUACCGUCUCUCCUGCUGUCUUUUACAAGGUAUUGUUCUAAGUGUAGUUUGUGAUGCCUGGACUGUGGAAGUUCCAAAGAAGAUCUCAGCAUUGCAAGACUCCUGUGUGAUCAUUCCAUGCAGUUUCUCUUAUUCUUCUAAUCCACCCCAGUCUUUCAUAGCAGUUUGGUACCAGUAUGCAAGCAGGGGCUACCCAGUGGUUUAUGAUGGCAGGAAUCCCAGCGGUGUCAUUGACAAGUUCAGAGGACGUACGGAUUUGGUUGGUGAUGUGAGUGGCAGGGAUUGUAGUCUGAAAAUCAACAAUAUAACCAGGAAUGACAACGGAGAAAAACUGUAUCCAUGGAUUGAUCCAGAUCAUAUUUCUUACAGAAUUUACACAUUUUAUGAUAAAACUGUGGAGCUCGCUGUUACAGACUAUGCAGAUUCCCCUGAGAUUUCAGUGCUUGGCACAGCGGUCAAUGGCAGUUCUGUUAGGGUCACCUGUAGCACUGUCCACACUUGCCCAGCCUCCCCACCUAAUUUCAUCUGGAGCUACGCUGGUGAUUCAGUCUCUUCCCAUCAUGAACAUCAAUCCAAUGGUCGCUGGAAAUCCACUUCAGUUUUGACAUUGACGACGUCACGCAAUGACGACGUCAGAGAGAUGACUUGUAAAGUUGCACACCCAGGAGGGAAGACCGCAAGCAGCAUCACAUUAUAUGCUCCCAAGGAUGUUACUGUUUUCUUGGCUAACAGAGCCAUAAAAGAAGGAACUGCUGUUAUCUUAAAGUGUGUAAGUGAUGGAAACCCAGAGCCCCGACACUACCAGUGGUUUCAAACCCGAGGGAGGAAGACCAUUGACUUAAACAAUGAUACACAGCUUUUAGAAAUUUCAAAUGUAAGACGAGACAGUGUCUACAGCUGCACGGCACACAAUGGGCUUGGGAACAAGAAGUCAGAGCCUGUGACUCUUCCUGUCGAGUAUGCUCCAGAAAUUGACGCUGACUCCCACUGCACUCUCCGAGGAGGAGCAGUCACGUGCAACUGCCGUGCUGUCGCCAAACCUCCAGCUUCCAUCAGCUGGAACAUUCAUGGAACUUCAAGCAGAGAGACUUUGAACAGUUCCAGUACAGUCAAUGGAAAUGUGGUUACUGGCGUUCUGACAGGGAGUCUGGCAUCUCAGGUUAACAUCUCCUGCUCUGCUGCUAACAUACAUGGGGAUACAUCCUACCAUCUACCCUUCGUCACAGGCAAUGACACUUUUAUCUAUACAAGGAAUGCAUCACUGUCUAUCAUCCAAGAUAAUAUCAAAGUGUAUGGAUCUGCUGCAGCUAUUGGUAUUUUGGUUAUGAUCAUAAUAAUUGCAGUUAUCAUAUUCAAGAAGCGACAGCAAAAACAAGACACGAACAGCCCGGCUCACCAAACCCUGGGUUUAUCGGAAUAUAAGAAAGAAAGUUUAGCGCAGCAAGAUGCCGCUUUAUAUGUCGAACAGAAUACGCGCAAGAACACAGCGUAUGAGUGCAGGCCAGCUGGUCAGCAACGCCAUCAAGCAGAACAAACGAAGAAAAACGAAGAAAACUGGCAGGACGAUUAUAUGCUUCCGGACUCGAGGGAGGACGCAACGGAUGAAGCGAUUUAUGAAAAUAACUGCCAGUUUCCACUAAUGGAAGAGGAAAUUCAAAACUCCCCAGACGAGGCAAUCUACACAAAUAUGUGAGCUGCGCUUUCAAAGAGGGGUAUCCUACAUCUCUGAUUGAAGAAGCCACGAUGUUGUCGAUCUUGACAAGAGAGGGUUUUAUUUACCAGAUUGGAAUCCUUGCUGGGGUUCACUGUACCUGAAUUGUAUCACUCAUUUACUCCCAAAAGAACCCCAGACAGGAUGAAGAUGACCACGCCAUGCAAACUAACUGAGAUGAAAAGGAAACGGCGGGAAACAAACAAUGAUAAAUUAAACAAUUACGUUUAUUUUAUUGUAAAUCAGAAUGGAAACCAAUUCAUUUUUU